AUGAAGAAACUCUAUUCUGAAUUCACUGAGGAAUAUGAAGCUCUUGGUCACAUGGAAAGAGUAAUGGAAGAUGAAUUACCAGAAAUCAAUUAUUUUUUACCUCAUCAGGGAGUCUACCGGGAAGGAUCCGCAAGCACCUCCCUAAGAGUAGUCUUCAAUGCUAGCUUCCCUAGCUCUAAUGGAGUUUCAUUAAAUGAUUUAUUGGAAAACUCCCAUCAAGAAGUGACAUUUAGAUUAAAAACUGUGACAUAUGGCACUUCAUGUGCACCUCACCUUGCCAUACGCACCAUUAAACAAUUAGCUUUAGAUGAAGCAUCGGACUUUCCGUUAGCAUCGGAAAUGGUUUUACGGGACCUUUACAUGGAUGAUGGAAUUACAAGCACCCCGGAUAUCCAAACUACUCAAAUUUUACAACAGCUGAUAAUUAUGUUCGCAAGAGCAGGAAUGUCCUUACAUAAAUGGACUUCAAACUCACAGGAACUUUUAAAUGGUUUUCCAACUUCUAAUCCUGAAAACACUUUUCCUAUAGAUGGGCAGGUCUCAAAAGCUCGUGGCAUGCAUUGGAAGCCUUUCGAGGAUUUAUUCAUAUUCACAGUCAAGUAUGAAAAUGAAUCUAAGCAUACAAAACGAGCCGUGCUCUCAGUCAUUGCCAAACUGUAUGAGCCCUUGGGUCUACUGGGACCAGUUAUCUCUAAAAUGAAGAUUUUUCUCCAAAAAGUGUGGUUGCAAAAACUUACAUUUGACGACCCCCUUCCUCCAGUCAUUGGUAAAGAGUGGAUUCAUUUAGUUCAAUCCCUUAAGGCUCUUGAGCAAGUAAAAAAUCCAAGAUGGAUUUUGAAUGGAACUCCUAUAAAAUUAAUUCUUCAUUGUUUCUCAAACGCCAGUGAAAUCGCAUAUGGAGCAAUUAUUUAUCUACAAUGCAUCGGUGCCAAUGAUAUAGUCACAUCUAGACUUGUAUGCAGCAAAUCUCGAGUCUCCCCAUUAAAGACUGUCUCCAUUCCCAGAUUGGAACUUUUUGGAUGUCUUCUCACCGCUCAACUAAAGGCCAAGGUUGAAAAAGCUUUACAUCUGCAAAUUGAUAGCUCAGUGAUGUACACAGAUUCUACUAUUUCCCUAGCCUGGAUUCAAACACCACCACAUCGUCUCAAGACAUCUGUUGCAAAUAGAGUGGGAAAAAUACAACAACUGUCACAGAACAACAAUUGGCAGCAUGUUUCCUCCAUUUUAAAUUCCGCAGAUGUGAUAACGAGAGGAUUAGUUCCAAAACAACUGAUUGAUAACUAUUUAUGGUGGAAUGGACCACCUUUCCUUCAAGAACUACCUUUUCUGUGA